UUUGAACCGAAGAAGACGACGAAUGAACCCACACUCUAUUUCAUUCUCAAUCUCCAACUUCUCUCAAAUUUCUUCACAAAUAAUCCCCAAAUUCAAAACCUAAAUCAAGUGAUAAUACAGAAAGAAAGAAAGGAAAAAAAGAAAAAAGAAAACUUAUGAAUCGAUCUCAAAAACCCUAACCCUAGAUCACCUCCAGCUAUGAAUCCCCCUUCUUCAUCCCUCAGCUCUCAACCUCCAGGCCUCAAGACCCACUUCAAGACUCCCGAGGGCAGGUACAAGCUCCAGCUCGACAAGACUCAUCCCGCCGGCCUCCUCCACUUCUCCCAUGGCAAAUCCGUGUCUCAGUUGACGAUUGCUUGUUUGAAAGAGAAACUGGCGACUCAGACGCCGACGACGCCGACGACUCCGAGCUCGAGUGGGGUAGUGAGGUUGGCGGCUGCGAGGCUGCUCGGUGCGGGGAAUGGGAGCCGGGCGCUGAGUUUUGUUGGAGGGAAUGGAGUUAGUAAAGUGGGUUCUGGCAAUGGGAGGGUUGGUGGUGCUACAUUUGGAGUGUCGAAUGGGUCGGGUGGGUCUUCAGCUGUGGCGAAUCAUGACGAAAAAGGGACUUAUUUGAUAUUUAAUGUUGGGGAUACACUCUUUAUCAGUGAUCUCAAUUCACAGGACAAGGAUCCAAUCAAGGCCAUCCAUUUUAGCAACUCUAAUCCAAUCUGCCAUGCAUUUGAUUCUGAGGCUAAGGAUGGACAUGAUUUGCUCAUUGGGUUGCAGUCAGGAGAUGUCUACUCUGUGUCAUUGAGGCAGCAAUUGCAAGAUCUUGGGAAGAAACUUGUGGGAGCUCAACAUUACAACAAAGAUGGUGCAAUUAAUAAUAGUCGCUGCUCGUGCAUUGCAUGGGUGCCAAAUGGCGAUGGCACUUUUGUUGCUGGUCAUGCCGAUGGAAACCUAUAUGUGUAUGAAAAAGGCAAAGAUGGAGCUGUUGACUCUCCUUUUCCUGCUGUCAAGGAUCAAAGCCAAUUUACUGUGACACAUGCAAGAUCUAGUAAGAGCAAUCCUAUAGCGAGAUGGCAUGUUUGCCAAGGUUCAAUCAACAACAUUUCUUUUUCAGCGGAUGGAACACAUUUGGCCACUGUAGGCAGAGAUGGUUAUUUGAGAGUAUUUGAUUAUUCUAAGGAGCAAUUAGUAUGUGGUGGGAAAAGCUAUUAUGGUGCUUUACUAUGUUGCUCUUGGAGUUCUGAUGGAAAAUACAUACUCACUGGUGGAGAAGAUGAUCUGGUACAAGUUUGGAGCAUGGAAGAUCGAAAGGUAGUAGCAUGGGGUGAAGGUCAUAAUUCAUGGGUUAGUGGUGUUGCAUUUGAUUCCUACUGGUCUGCUCCGAACUCAGAUGGAACCGAAGAAAACGUUGUAUAUAGAUUUGCUUCUGUUGGCCAGGACACCCAAUUGCUUAUGUGGGACCUAGCAAUGGACGAAAUCGUCGUGCCUUUACGCUGCUGUCCACCAGGUGGGUCCCCUACAUUUAGCAGCGGCAGUCCUCGCGCUCAUUGGGACGAUAUUACCCCUGUGGGUACUCUUCAACCAGCUCCAAGCAUGCAGGAUGUGCCGAAACUCUCACCUGUAGUUGCACAUCGGGUGCAUGUUGAACCUCUUUCUGGCUUGGUAUUUACUGGUGAAUCGGUGGUGACGGUUUCAAGGGAAGGGCACAUUAAGAUCUGGGGGAGGCCUGAGCAUGAUGAAAGCAGUGAGUCAAACUCCUCGGAGGUAGUUACAAAUGCAGUUAAUGUCAAGGAUAGGCUUGUUUCGACUUCAGUCAAGGUGAGCUCUCCUAGCUAUAGGCCACCCCCGUCUGUUCUUAUACGGAAUUAAAGCACUUUGCAGUGGGAUUAUUGAGUUAAGUGAGUUUGGGCUUUUACGGUUUUCAUCAAUGGAGAGAAGUCUCAGAUUAGGAUCUUCUCAUGGUGUUUGUGCCCAAGAAACUUUAAUGUGCUUAUGUACAGCUAAAUAUGAAUAAAUGCACAUGAUAUUGAUUACUGCUUUAUGAUCAGAAAUUUUGAGUUGCUUAUUUGUCUGGCAGUUA